CCGAGAUACCAUAAGUAUGCCGCUUCUUCGUCUUUCAUGUCUUUUGUUAUCUCACGUUUCUCGCGCACUCAUCUGCAACUCCAUUCACAAUCAUGUUUCGCUCUACUAUUCUCCUCUUCCUCUCUGCUGUGACUUCUCUUGCUUCGUCAAUCACAUGGUCCGAUUGCAAGGUGAACACCACCGUCCCCGUCACAUGCGCAUCACUCGAGGUGCCGUUGGAUUACACCGACGCCAGCUCCAACAAAACCAUCACAUUGAACAUGGUUAGGCUCCCUGCAACCCAGCAGCCAAGUAAGGGGAGCAUCCUCGUGAACCCUGGUGGUCCGGGAGAGGGGGCAAGGAAUUUCGUACUGGAAACUGGUGAAGCUCUGUCAUUGAUCACCGGGCCCGAAUACGACUUGAUCGGCUUCGAUCCGCGCGGCACCGGCGAGACCAUUCCAUUUUCCUGCUAUUCAACAGCGAUCGAACGGGAUCUGGCCGCUGUAUUAUCUCCACAACAGCUGACGGACUCGGACACCGCACCAGGGCUGAGCUGGGCUGUAAAUAGAAUGCUGGCUGCGAGAUGUUACGAGACGGCUGGCGACAUUGGAGAACUCAUCGGUACUGGCUUCGUGGCGAGAGAUAUGAUGCAGAUCGUAGACGCCCUGGGCGAAGAUGGGCUGCUGCGCUACUAUGGCUUCUCUUAUGGCACUGCGCUUGGGGCGACGGUCGCGGCGAUGUUUCCGGAUCGUAUGGACAAGGUCGUACUCGACGGUGUACUGAAUAUCGACCAGUACUACUCGGGAAGUGGUACACAAGAGCUGCUGGAUACGGAUUCAGUGUAUGAGGGAUUCUUCAAGAGCUGCAUUGAGAGCCCCGACUUAUGCCCACUGGCGAGACACGGAGCAUCCGCCACAAAUCUCUCCAACACCAUAUCCUCUCUGCUGGAGCAAGUGAAAUACAACCCAAUCCCCCUGGGCUACACCCUGCCGACUGAACUCGUCACCUACGAGGCUCUCAGAACGAGCAUUUUCCAAGCCCUCUACGCUCCAAACACCUGGCCGGCUUUGGCCACUCUCCUGGACGCUGCGCUGCUUGGCAACUUGACGGCUUAUGUGCAGGCCUACAACGACAUCAAUGGCCUAUUCAGCUCAGCGGGCAACGUGUUCCCUGAGAAGCAAGGUACAGAAGCGCUGCAAGGAAUUCGCUGCAGCGAUUCCAAUCUCCGCGCGAGCAACCUGUCGGACAUCGAGCCACUUCUUCGGGCGUACGAGGCCACGAGUUAUGUUGCCGGUGCUCAAGAGCCAAUUCCCGUUGUGAUUCCAUGCGUGCAGUGGAAGAUGAAGGCAAAGGGAGCGUAUACCGGCAGCUUCAGCAAUGUCAAGACGAAGAACCCCUUGCUGUUCGUCGGAAACACGCACGACCCAUUGACGCCUCUCGCUUCGGCGAUGAAUACGAGUGCCGGCUUUGAAGGCAGCAGGGUGUUGACAGUCAAUGCUUACGGUCAUACCUCGAUUGCUCAACCGUCGCUGUGUGCUGCUCGGGCAAUCAGAGCAUACUUCGCCAAUGGCACCAUGCCUGAUGCUGGAACUAUUUGCCAACCCAGCGUUGCGCUGUUCCCACCUCCUUCUGCGUCUAUCAGCAGUAUUUUGCAGCCUUUGAACCAUACAAGGAGAGCUGAUGGAGAUGAGGAGACGCGGCUGUUGAGUGCUCUGGGCCGUGUUCAUCGCGGGCGAGUGGGAGGGGCAACACUGUUCUGAUUCAAUAAGCAGACAGCAGUUCAGAGCAGCGGAGUGGUGCAACCGAGCGGCGGACCGCAGAACAGACCGCAGUAUGGAGGAGAAUGUGACCAUGGAGCUACUUCCAAGAGAGCCAUCUAUCCGUGUUCUGCUUCGAGAGCCAUCCGAAAACAUAGUAGACAUGAACAUCGAUUGCGCC